CAAAUUAAAAUAGUUAAAAGUCAUCACAUCAUCACAACGCGCAUUGAUUCGAGACUAAAUUGACCACAAUGUAAAAGUGAACGCGCAAAUAAUCAAAGAAAUUGUACAUUUUCAUACCAAAAACCACUUUCUGUUGGUUUGUUGCUUUGGUAUAACCAGAAUGUUUUAUUUUCGUGGAGUAAUUCUGUGGGUUGCGUUUACUGCGUGCACUAAUUUAGUCUGGGUGGGCGCAUUAACUCAGAUGGAUAUUCGAGAUAAAACUCAACUACAAUGUUCUGAAGGCCGUUUUGUUAUCACAAUGAAUAAGAGCUUGGCUCUCGAAGGAGUUGGCCCAGACGAAACCUUCAUUCUGUACGUAGGCAGCCCACAAGAAUGCAACUACACUGCAAAUGUUACAGGCAUUGGAACCAACAAUGAUCACAUCUAUCUUUCGGAUGACGGAAACCACUACAUCUUCAACUUCACUUUUCCCGAGUGUCUGUCCACGCGUGAAUACAAAGCCGAUAAUCUUUACUAUUACUCCACGAUAGUCAGAGACUCCUGUUACAUCGACGGACAGAGUCCGAUGGUGACUCGGAUCGUGCCUCUCACUGCGAAUGUGCAGUGCCUCUACAACAUCGGGGAGUCCGUCUCUUUCUCACAGAGCGUAUCCGUCGUCGAACACCCACCGAUCUACGAUAAUUUGGAGGAAGAUGACAUUUUGGCCUUAAAGGGAAACAUCUACAGAAGCAAUACUUUCUCUACGAAGCGAAACCCUGGCACAGCGGGGGUCAUUUUGGUAACUGCUGGCACCCAACUCUAUGUACAGACCGAAGAAACCAAACGGAACGAUGACUAUGAGAUGGUCGCUGAAAACUGUACAUUAGCAAAUAAUACAAACCUAGACGACCCCGCGACCGGCCAAGAAACUAUUUUAGAGGAAUUUUGUCCAGUUCAAACAGUCUCAAACUCAUCAUACAACCCUAUGCCUGCGACCUCUGACGUUGUCCGAUUUUCUACUCCGGCUGAGGGUUUCUUUGAAAGCGUGGAGUCCGCUUACAUUAUUUGUUCAUACAUACUGUGUGAACCGAACGGCGGACCAAGCAGCUUGUGCACGUAUGCAAAGAACAAAAACUGUUCAGCAGACACACCUGAGACGUCGACCACAACCACAGCAUCGGGAUUGGGAGAUAGUUUCGACACCUACUACGAGUAUGUGUCGCGAGAACGGGUUCAAGUUGGCCCUGUCGGGAUACUGGGGACCGAACAAAGAGUUCUACAAACAGCUGAUGAUGGCGGGCUGAGCUCUAUUAACGUAGGACCAGCCGCAGGUUCUGUUGGAGCGGGAGUAGGGGGAGCUGUUGUGGUGGGGGCGGCAACUGCUGGUAGUGAUUUGACAGACGCAUGUGCUGAUUAAGCCUAAGCAAAAUGAAGAAGAGUGUCGUACACUUAGUACCAUUAAUUAUUCCAUUGAACUGCGCUUCGAAUUCGCUUAUUGAUUUCUGAUAAUAUACAAUCUGUUGAUAUAGUUUUAUCUUACUAGUCUUUCUAAUUUUGUUAUUUUUUGACGAGAAAAUAGAAUAACUUAUCAAAAAAAUAACCAAAACAGAUCGCAUUCAUCGAAGCUACUCAUUGAAGAUGUACACAAAAAAAAGAUGACAUUAAUUUUAUAAAAGCUGAGUACUAAAUAAUUUUUUAUAUUAGCUUAUUAUUGGAGCUAACAAAUUCACGUUUUGUAUAUGCAUAUUUCUUUUUCUCAUGGUGUAUGAUUUGAAACAAGUAAGAAAAAUUAAGCAAUUUUUUGUUUCGGAAA